AAGUCCUCGCUGUAUCGAAAAAGAUUGUGGUCAGAGUGGAAGAUCUGGUGAAGUGGACUUGUCAGGAACCGCCACAGUGGAAGCGGAGCAGUCAAAACAUUCAUGUGUCUCAGAGGUCUGAUGGGUCACAAGAUGCUAGUUAUCCACAGGAAGGAAAAAUGAAGAGCGAGGACGAGCCUCUAGAAUUACAGCAGAAGGUUAAGGUUCUCAGUUACCCCCAGUACUGUCGCUUUCGUUCCCUUCAAAGACGUGUCCCAGAUCAGGCUAGCUCUCCUAAUCUGCAGGACCCUCACCUGCUGGCUCUGGGGGGGAUAAAAGUGGCCCUCGACACCACACGAGUCCUCUACUGCCGGGAUACUUUCAACCACCCUACUCUAGACAGCAAUGCUAGCAUACUGACACAGCUUGGAUGCUCCUCUCUCAGUCUGAAGGGGCGACCUCGUAAAAGAAAGGGCAGGGAUGGCAAAGAUGCUGAUCAGCAAAACCAUAACCAUUUAUCGGAGUCAUGGAUGGAAAGGAUGAAGGAAAAUGUGAUGGGCAGUGUGGAAAUGCAUUGGGAUGGGAACUGGCUCCCACAUCCAGAGGAGCAGCUCUUCCUGGAUCAGCUGUUUUUCUUUAUGGAGCACAGAGGUUCUCCUAUAAGCAAAGUUCCCAACCUGGGAUUCAAAAAGAUUGACCUCUUCCUCAUGUAUUCAGUUGUAAAAAGGCUGGGGGGCUACGAUAGGGUGACAUCACACCGUUUGUGGAAGACUGUGUACAAUGAAUUGGGUGGAAGCCCAGGCAGCACCAGCGCUGCCACCUGCACCAGAAGGCAUUAUGAAAGGUUGAUGCUCCCUUAUGAACUGCAUGUAAGGGGAGAAAACACAGAACUUGGCAAGCCUAGAGCUACAUUUGUCUCGCCCACUACCAUCAAAAAGACUGUGCGGGGCAGAGAAAAAAAGAAUACAGAUACCAACCAGGCCUCACCACUAGAUGGCGCUGUUGUACGGAAAAGAGGGAGGCCACCUGGAAAACGCAAUGCCAAGGUUCUGUCCAAAGGCAGAGUUGGAAGGCCACCCUUGCACCCUAAACCUCCCCUAGAGAAACCAGCAAGACCCCAUCAAGAGAUUGUCCAGCCAUUGACACUUUUUCAAGAACUAAAGCUCACCAAUCAUCCUCAUGGCCAAGGUCUGUCACUUGUGUCUUCUGUACCGGUGCCUCACCAACCCGUGCUGGGGCUAGAUGUGAAAAUGGAGACUGUAGAACCUCAAGCUCCUUCCUUUCUGUCAGUUCCUUGCAAAUUGCUGGCAGGUGGUUCUUUAGAAGGAUUCAGUCCUACUAAAGGAUUAUGUCCUUUGGACCUCUUUCGAGCUCGCCUGGGUCUUAAUGGAGCGAGUACUCCUGAGGUACCUCCUCAAGAUUCUACCACACCCCAACAGACAAUUAUGGUGCAUCAGCCCAAAGUCAGUAUGCCUGAGACUCCUGAGAGUCCCCAACACCAGUGUUCAGGGUGUAGCUCGGAUACUUUGUCUCAGAACGGAGGACUCGCCUUGACUAGAGCUCCUCUACCGCCUCUUAGGAUCCUCCCACUGGACAUCGGCUGUAGUCUGCAGCUGCGUCAACUGAUGCGCACCCGUCUUGGCUCGACACAUAUGAACACCUUCACCAAGCGACUUUCUGAAGUUCUGGCUCAGGAUCUCAGCAAGACCUCCCAACCCAAUGGAAGUAUUCCUCAAGACCAAUCCCUCCCGCUGAACCUGAGCAAACGAGCCAUCACCAAGAGGUCUACAGGAGAUGUGGAACUCGCAGAACUGCAGAGUCGGGAUGAACAGUUAAUGACCAAAAGGCCAAAGAUGGAAUCUGAGGAUCUUGGAGUAUCUCUGAAGUGGAAUGGCACGUCCCUUCUGGUGCCAUUGAACCAAGACGAGCCAGCUGAUCUUAGCUCUCCCAGCAGGGCCAGAGCUUUAGUUCAGGACAGGACCAGUGUGGCUUUGACUCUUCCUGAGGCCACUUGUUUCACCUUAGUGCCCAAAUUAGAUGUCCCCCCUGAAACGCCCUCCAGUAUUGGUGCUUCCCCAGACACUCUAGCUUGUGUUUAUCACCUGAAACAAGGGGAAGACAAGACCAGCGCAAUUGCAGUGACAGUUAAGAAAGAACCAGAGGGUACAACUCUGGAUCCAGAUCUAGAACCUCAACCAAACAGUGACCUCUACUCACAGUGUGUACCUACUGAUGACAUCAAAGAAUCAGACACAGUUUCUCUCAAAUUACUUUCUAGUUCCCUCCUUUCCAAGCCAUCAAGCUGUUAGCAUGCAGACAUGGGAGCGUUACUAACGCUUGUGUACUUUAUCACUCCUUUCUGCUCUGCCUUCCCCGUGGACACGUUAGUGUUGCGUAUGAUCAAAGAGACCGGUCUGCAGAUGCGUUGCUAUCUGCUAAGUACCUCCUUUUAAAACACUACUAAACUUUGAACUGAUGCAGGUGGCCAUGGUUCUACCAAAGAUAAGGUGCCUUGAACUUGAUUAGUCUAUAUUUUAGUACUUUUAAGUCGAAACACAUGCUGUAGUUAGUGCAGCAUCAAAUGUCCAGCCAAUAAAAGACACAUGACUCAUGGA